CUAAUCAAUGUAUUACAGUCGCACUGUCGAGGUGACGCACUGAUUAUAAACACUAGGUUUAACGUUGUAAAAUAUGGACGAAACUAAACAAAGGAGGAUGAAUUUUAAAACAAACACAUUAGUUGCUGUUGGGGUGUGCGGUGUUUUACUGGCAGUGAAAGUAUUCAUCGACAUUCCGGAGACUAAUACGGUCUUGGUGCAGGAACAUGUUCGUCCAAACACAAACGGAGAACCUACUCAGACGUUGCUCGCUGUUAUAGAACAAAGGAAUAACGUGUCAAAAAUACUAAAUAUAAAACAGCAAAAAAUAGGUCAAAUGGAAUGUGAGAAACUCGGAGACAAAGGAUCAGCAACAUCUGAGACCGGGGGCUGGUGCCAGAAAGCCAGCAAAGAGGACGGUGGACAGCACAUGACUGACAAUAAGCUGGUGGCCGCUUUGAUCGAACUGUUUACUGGAAAAUUUGUCGGAAGUUUUGGUGACGGCCCAGGAAGGUAUAAACAACUUGUCAUUGAAUCGGGAAAAGUAAAAGGAUACGAUGCCUAUGAUGGUGCGCCAUAUUGUGACGUCACAAGUGAAGGGCGCGUGCAAUUUCUUGAUUUGACUCUGCCGCAAUACGGACUACCCAUAUAUGAUUGGGCAUUGAGCUUAGAAGUUGCAGAACACAUUCCUGAACAGUUUGAAAGUGUUUUCAUUAAUAAUGUCGUUCGCCAUGCCAGGGAGGGAGUUGUUUUGAGUUGGGCGCGGCCGGGGCAGGGCGGCUAUUCCCACAUAAACAACAAACCGUUUGAAUACGUGAAAAGGCUUAUGAACGAUCUUGGUUUUACUCUUGAUAAACAAGCGUCACAGAAAUUACAAAGUGCUGCAUCAUUUGAUUGGUUUAAGCAUAAUACAAAUGUAUUUAGACGCAAACAAUCUUUUAAAGACAAAGUAGAUGGUUUAAACGCCUAAUCAUUGUAGGUCUAAUUAAGAGUGAGAUCCAGAUAAAGAUGUUAGUAAAGUAAGUCUAACCCUAUUCCAAACCUAUAACAUAAAGAUAAUAUAUUAUUUUCAUCGCAUAUUUACAUAACAUUGUUUAUAAGGACAUUGUCAAUAAUGUGGUGGUAAUUAAAGAACUGACUUUUUAUUUGAACGAAAUUUAGCAUGGUUGAAUACGUCAUUGUUUAAAGGUUUACGCUGUGUGUGUCUCGUUAAGUGCCCUUUAUGCUGGCUCUAAGUCUUUGAACAAGAUAUUUGCUAAAUGUAUUGCUUAUCGGUUGGUUUCUGCAGUUUAUUUUCAAUGAAUGCUAUGUUUAGAAUCCAACCAAUUGCAGCGGCGUUCAUAUUAAUGAGCAGGUCAUGUUCGAUAGUAGAGUCUGGUGCAAAUCCCUUGAUGGAAUCGAAUUCCUAUAUUCAUUUUUAAUAUUACGUUUAUCGUGCAAUAAAGGGAUGGAUUGUGCGUAAAUGUAAAAACUUCUUUUUCAAAGGCAACCUUUUGCAGUCUUAAUAACUGUAGUAUAUAAGAAAGGAGGGUGACUGACUAUUAUGCAUUUAUAUCUGUCAACUUCAUUGAAACUGUUUACUGAACGACCAAUUAACAUAAUAAUUAAAAAAUAUGCAUUUUUUUAUAUAUAAGCAUGUCAUAUAUUACUUUAAAGAAGAGCUAUUGUUUGCAAAACGAUUUAUAAAUUCGAGUAUCCACUUAUCAUGCAUGGCUAUAAUUUUAUUUUUUCACAUUUCCCUUACACUAGAAAAUGGUGUCUGUAAUUGUUUGUGUUAAGUGUGUUAAUACGAAUAUGAAAUUUGUUUCUGUAUCUUGUUUUAAUUUCCUGUUUGUACUCUGUAUAUGCUCUCUUCAGUUAUGGCGUAUACAAACUAAUAAUGUUCAAAUUUUCAUCAUGAAUUCCUAUUCCCUGUAAGUCAUCAUUAUAUUAAAAAUUAUUAAACACA